AUGAUCCGCCCCAGGUUAAGGAUAUCCUCUGCCGCGCGACCCCGGCUUGCCGUGCCUAUCCAGGCGGCCCGCCCAUCCUUCGCUCAGCAGAUUCGCUCGCGCCACACCCUGCAGCCGUUGCCCUACGAGGAGAAGUUCAACACCGCCGAGAAUGGCAUUCCCAACUUCUUGUCGGGCCCAGCCUUCAAUAUCGCCUGGACCCAAUACCAGACACAUCUGAUUGAGAAGUUGAACACCAUGAUUGCGGACACCGACUUCGAGGCCCGCCAAGUAAAGGACAUCCUUCUCAUGACGGCCCGCGAGCCGUCCCAAGCGCCGCUCUUCAACUACGCCAGCAUGAUCCACAACAAUGCCUUCUUCUUCAAGCACCUGUCCCCCGAGCCCGUCGCCAUGCCCGAGCACCUCAAGCUUCACCUAGAGCAGUCCUUCGGCUCGAUCGAGACCCUCCGCCGCGAGAUGGUGUACACCGCGGCGGCCAUGUUUGCUCCGGGCUUCGUUUGGCUGGUCAAGUCGCCGCAACUGGGCCUGCCCCACGCCUUCCGCAUCCUGACCACCUACGCGGCUGGCUCCCCCUACCCGGCCGCCCACUGGCGUCGCCAGCCGGUCGAUAUGAACACCGCGGCGGGGAUGAACGACGAGCAGGGGCUGGCGACGGCCCAGGGGUACAUUGAGAACGCUGCGUUCGGUGCCGGUAAAUCGAACCCGGCGGUGGCGAGCAAGCUCAAGUUUGCGCCGGGCGGCACGGACGUGCAGCCGGUGCUGUGCAUCAAUACGUGGGAGCAUGUGUGGCUGUGGGAUUACGGUUUCGGUGCGGGCGGCCAGGGCGGUAAGCUGGCUUAUGCGGAGGCCUGGUGGAACGCGAUUAACUGGGAGAUGGUGGCCAAUGAGGCGAAUAUUAAGAGGCACCAGAUGACUGGGACGUUGUAA